UCUGUUUCUCUGGUGGUGGUAUAAUUGUGAUAAUCUAUGUGAGGAUAAGAUACACAUGUUCAUUUGGAUUUUUCUUUCAAAGAAACUGAUUGGACGGCCCGAUGUAGUCAGUCGGUUGUUACCAAUUUUUGAUUGUGACUCAACCCACCAAUACAAACCAGAGCAGCCAUGUUUAAGAAACUCAGGAAGCAGCCAAAAGAUGUGAAUGAAUGGACAAAAUAUGAUGAAAAGGUAUUGCAAGCUGUGGAAGCUGGGGACCAUGAGAAACUUCAGACCACUUUGACCAAGAAAGGUACUUCAGCGACCAAGUUAGAUGCCGAAGGAAAGAGCGCAUUUCACCUUGCAGCUAAACUUGGCCAGUACCCAUGCCUUGAAAUUCUACUGCAACUUGGAGCUGAUGUGAAUGUUGUUGAUAAGAAAGGCUGUACCGCCCUGCACUGCGCUUCCAAAUCUGGGCAUUUCAAUUGCAUCCAGAGACUCCUUCAACUUCAUGCCGACGCUACUAUCUUCAACAUCCAGGGAGAGACAGCAUUACAGCUUGCCGUUGCCAGUAACCAUAGUGACUGCUGUAAACUACUCCUGCUUGGGGGUGCUCCUGUAGGAACAAAAGAUAAGGAUGGCAAGACACCAUUGAUGGUUGCGGCCGAGAAUGGUGAUGCUGACCUCUGCCGAGAACUAAUUGAAAGGGGGGCAGUUGUCAAUGAACAAGACAAGUUAUUACAAACCGCCUUAAUUCUAAGUUGCAAGAAAGGCCACAAAGAAGUAAUUGAUUUAUUGGUUAAACGCGGCGCCAAUGUGACAAUCAAGGACAAUACGGGUCAUGAUGCGGCCUUCUAUGCCGAGAACUGCACCGAAGAUGCCGUGAAGGAACUUCUGAAUUCUGCACCCUCAGUAGCCACGUGGGACAUCAAAAACGAGGAGGAUGACAACGAGGUGAAGCCAGACGUCGUAGAUUUUAUCGAUAGGUUUGAUAUGACCGACCGAGGAGAAUCACCGGUACCAAACUCGCUGCCAAUAUUCACAAGUAAGCACCUGCAGAACGGUGAUGGUAGAGAUAUGGACUCAUUGAAUGAUUCACAGUUCUCACAUCAUUCGACCCAGUCAGCAACGGAGAGAGAACUUAAGGAAUUAGAGGAAGAAAAUGAGGUUUUACAUGAGGAGCUCAGUACAAUGAAUAUAUCACUAAGCAAAUCACAAGAAAAAGUAAAGAUGUUGGAAAGACUUUUGGAGGAACAACAGAAAAAUGGGAAAAAUUCAGAAAAUACAGAAGAACUGGUUCUUGAACUCAGAGAUCAACUUGCAAAUGAGCAGCAACAGAAGAUAUCAACUCGAGAGGAGAUCGCAGAACUCAAGGCAAGGCUAGCAGCAUUUGAGGCUGCGGAAGAUAUGGAUGAAGAGGCUGAUAAGGACGAUAGCUGUGGAGACAGUGAUGAAGAUCUCUUUGAUUUGCCAGGUACGACACCAACUUUAGGGAAAGCCCAUGUGAUCAUGCCACAGAAGAACAAUUCCGAUAAGUUAGUAAUGCUGACCAAUCAGAUUGCCUCACUGAAGGAAGAAAAUGCCACACUUAAAAUGAAAAAUGAGAAAAACUCCAGCGGUUCUAACAGCCCCUUUCACUCACCAUCACGGGUACCCACUGAGGAUUACCUGAGGCUGAAGGAUACAAGUGACACUCGCAUCUCAGAGCUUGAAGGACAGGUGACGCUGCUCCAGGAUGAACUCUCACAACUGGAGAACCGAUCAAUGGUACCAGUGACAGAGUUGGAGGAGAUGAGAGAAGCAACAAUUGAGGAAACUUCACAUUUGAAUAAAAUCAUCUGUGAUUUAAAAGAUGAGAGAAUGGAAAUGGACAAGAGGUUAGCCGAGCUGAUGGAAGAGAAUGCUCGUGUUAUGGCAAUCUACUCUCAUCAGCAUAGAGGAAGCAAUGCCCCUAGUGUGCCAGUCCAGCAGUAUCAGGAGGUACUGGAUGAAAAGAGUGAACUUGAAGAAGCUAUCAGUAAACACACUGAAGUCCUUGCUGACCAAGCCAUGGAAAUCGAAUCAUUGAGUCGAUCAUUAACAGAGAAAGACCUGGAAAAUGAAGAUUUACAUAAACUUCUCACACAAGAGAAAGAGAUUGGAAGAAAGGGGGUCAAAGAACAGUUGGACAUGUCAGAACUUAAGAAUAAAACCAUGAGAAAUAAACUCCAAGAGCAAGAAGUUGUGAUAUUCGAUCUGAAAGAAAAGGCAGAGUCAGAUAAGAACAUAAUUGAUGGACUAAUGAAAGUGAGGGAUCGCUUAGAGAUCAAAGUUAACUCAUUACAAUCACAGAUCCAUGACUUUGAGGAUGACAGAGAAAAGCUUGAGGAGGUUAUAAUGGAGCAUCGACAGUUGGAAGAGCUGGUGAAGAAACAAGAGUUAUCAAUUGCCAAUCAUAAUGAACAACAUGUAAAACUUGAGGAUUUGUUGAAAGAGAACUGGAUGCUUCAGGACUCAGUCAGAACACUUGAAGAGAAGUGCAAAAAACUGGAGGAAGAGGUUCAGAGGACUAAGAAAACAGCGAUGGCAGAGAAAAACCGGAUUGAGAACAAUGCAUUAUUCAUGAAAAAACUCCAAGGUGAGAACGACAAGUUAAGAGAAGCAGUCACAAGUUACAAACUUGCACUUGAGAGGAAAACAGAAGAGGCUGAAAGACUUGUUGAACUACAGAAAGAGAACAGUGAACUCAAAGAGAAAGUUGUCCAACUCAAAGACUCUGGAACAAAAACUUCGCCAGUUAAAAACCAAGAAGAGGAAGAGUCGAAAGAGAUAAAAAAAAUGAAAGAAGAGUUGAGCCGGUUACGUAAUGAGGAGGAGAUCUGGAGAAGACAGCAACAUGGAAGCGAUAAGUUCAUCGAUGAAAUCUCACUACAAAAACAAAUGAAGAAGAUGGAGCUACAGAUGGACGAUAUGUUACAGCAUCAUGAAAGUGUCAUAGCAACAUAUCGGUCGCACCUUCUCAGCGCUGUACAGGGUAAUAUGGAUCCAGCCGUCCAGAAUGCUCUCCAGCAAAUUGUCCAAAUGCGGAAUACACACGAAGUAUGAUCCGGAAUAUUAGCGACAACAACCCUUCCAGCAUGCAAAACUGAAGUUCUUCAAUCAUGUAGUCUACAGAAGCUGCACUUCCAAAUAAAGAAAUCUUAUCCAGUUGUGUUAGGGUCUGCACAGAUAUGCCCCACAAGGAUAGCACUGUGAUGAUUAUGAGACACUGGCCUUAUCUGGGCUUUCAUUAAAUUAGCAGAGCAGAUGUCCAUAUUGUUGAUUCUAUAUAAAUGUAUCUUUCCCAACUGCUCAUAUGUGUUCACCAUACAGUAUUCUAAUGGUUAAUGGACAUGUGACUAACCACAGCCAAUACUAAGAUGGUAAUCUCAGGAUGUUUACAUUUUUAAGAAGCAUAGCAGAAUUUGAUGGGAUUUAUGUAUCUUGGUACAUGGGCCAAUGUAUGAUUUUUUACCAAAGUGAUGCUUGAAAGACAGUGAUGCUUGAAGGACAAAAAUGAUAUGGUAUAUGAUAGUUUCAGAAUGUGGUUUUAAUUAACUUUUAGUUGUUCACCUGGUAUUUCUUCUAAAAAAAUUCUAUUCAAUAAUGCAAAGAGUUAAAAGGUCAGUAUUUGAGCUUUUGAUUUAAAUGGAGCUUCUCAAGCUGAAACACACAAGAAACUAAGAUUAGCCCAAAAAUUUCUGUCACAACAUCAUUACGUUGAUGGGCCGAAAUGGCUUAUACAAGAUUUCCCAUAACCAUAAUAUGUCGUAUAUGGCCCUAACAAGAGUAAAUAUGUUGAUGCAACAUAUAGUGUAUUGAUCAUUACUAUUACCAUCUGUUUAUAUAUCCAAGCAUAUUUACUAACCUAUAUUUUAUAGUAAGGAAGAUGAUUUUGCCCUACCUGCUGUGUUAUCAUACUGAAAGCUCAUUGCAUUCCCAAAUACUUGUGAAAAAAAAAAUCUUGCAAGUGAUUCCGGUGGGAAUUGAACCCACAACCUCCAGAUAACUAACCUAGAGUUCAAUCCGAUCCUCAAGUAGCAGCAGGUGCUGCAAUGCUAUUCCAGUGGAGUUUUGCAUCAGGAAAAUGGUAAUGAAGAUUUUGCCCUACCUGACGUGUUAUUGCACUGAAAAUAUCAUUCAGUAUGAUAACACGUCGAGUCGGGCAAAAAUCAUCAUUCCAAUUUCUAAUUUCCCGACUAUAUUUUGUACUUAUAUUUGUACUACUUUCAGCUUUGCAAUGAUGAUACUUAUUGCCUUAUAUAAUUAUACUUUCAUAGUUUCAAAUAUAAUUUAAUAAUCCAAAAAGUAUUCAUUUUUGCUGUGUUUGCUGCACAUACCAUCAUUAUACCUUUUAAUAACAAAUUACUUAAAUCUGCAGAAUUUAUGUUGAGAAAUCCACUUUUAAUUAUAAUUUCUGAAGUAAUGCAAUUUACAUAUUUAAAAAACUUGGUCGACAUUUAUUUAAAUUUAUGCAAAUGAUGUGCUUUAUAUUAUAUUAGUUCUUUGAAUUUCUUGCCAAAUAUACAUGAUUCCAAAUUAAUGAUGAACACAUAAGCAUACUGUAGCUGAUGUAAUAAAUUAAGGUUGACAGACCUUUGCAAAUGUAUUGAAAUUUUAAGCAUUGUGUACAUACAUUUGUAAAUAUUUUAUUUCAUAAACCAACUAUUUGCUGGUUCUCUUUAAAAUGAGAACACCCUCAAUUUUUAUAAUAUAUAGAGAAAGCAGAGUUGCCUAUUAUUGUUUUGAUAAUGGAAGCCUGACAAAAACUUUUUAAUUUGGGAGGGUUUUUUUUUUUUUUUUUUUUUAGUAAAGGAAUAAUUGUUAUGGAAAAUAUUUUAGAUUUUACUGUAGAAAGUACAUUUAUUUACUUUUUUUGGAAAGCUCUCUUUAUGCUUGAUAGAGGUGAUUGACUUUGUCUGGCCUGGCCUGAAGCUUUGUGUUACUACUAUAUGUAGGAAAGUAUAAAUGCUGAUAAAGUAGAUAGUGAAGUACAGGUGUAAGCACCGAUAAUUAAAUCCCAGGUGUUAAUUACAGUUAUGUACAUACUGAAUAUACAGGUGUAGAUAAUUAACAUGCAGAUGUAUAGAUCGAUAGAGAGCAUGUUGCACAGAAGCAAGUCAUUAUGUAAAUAGUGUACAUUAGCGUUUGUAUGACUAAGUAGUUUUACUGUUGAAUCCAGUAUUAUAAAUAUCAAACCCCCUGGUGCUCUAUCUUAUUUCAGCUUGUUUACAACUUAUAUAAAUUUAAUAAGGCAAAUUUGGUUUGGUGGUGUACUUAAUUCAGUUGUUUAAUGCAAGUGUAAGUACAUAAUUGUCUUUGUAAGAUAAGAUUAAGACAAGAUACAUAAUAGAAAGACUAACUUCCCAGAAUGUAUAUGGGUUUUGUAUUUCACACCAAAAUUCAAUCAUUAAAUUAAUAAUGCAAAUCAAAUUUCAGUACAAAUCAUCGUUUUUAUAAAAUACUCUUUAUUGUGUUGAUUAAUCAAGUAUUCAGAAAAUAUUAGUCGUGUUUACAAAAAUAAAAACUUAAUAUAUUUCUGCCAUUAAUAAUUGUUAUUGGGAACAAUUAUAUGUAAUGCCUUCAUUCAAAAUAAGACAUUAUUUUAUUCAUAUUGAUUAUUAUUUUACUAUUGUUUAAAUCAUGAAUGACAAUGUCUGUAUAUCAAGAGUUUAUGUUUCAAUAUGUAGGCCAUGUGAUUAAACAGUAUGAAGAUCAUGUGAUUACUCUGGCAAAGAGGUAACUUCUGUGGUAGUUAUAAUUCAAGUUUUGGUACAAUUGAAUUUUGUUAUCUGAAUGAUGUUGCUGAAAAAACUUUUUACUAAAUGGAUGUCAAUUAAAUCUGUUUCAGACAAAAA